CGUGACGUCGUAAGCACGCGCCCGGGCAGCUAAAUUUCCUCGGUGGUACGCGUCCGGCCCUACGGCUCUCUUUUCCUCGUCCGAACCGCGUCACCACAGUCGCGCCUGUCCGAAGGCCUGCAAGCCGCGGACUCGUCGACAUGUCGAUGCUGGCCGAGCGCCCGCGAAAGCAAAAGUGGGCUGUGGACCCAAGAAACACUGCAUGGAGUAAUGACGAUUCCAAGUUCGGCCAGAGGAUGCUAGAGAAGAUGGGGUGGUCUAAAGGAAAGGGGUUGGGGGCUCAGGAACAAGGAGCCACGGAUCAUAUUAAGGUUCAAGUUAAAAAUAAUCACCUGGGACUUGGAGCUACCAACAAUAAUGAAGACAACUGGAUUGCUCAUCAGGAUGAUUUUAACCAGCUUCUGGCUGAGCUGAACACUUGCCAUGGGCAGGAAACUACAGAUUCUCCAGACAACAAGGAAAAAAAAUUCUUCAGCCUUGAGGAAAAGUCCAAAGUUUCUAAAAACCGGGUGCAUUACAUGAAAUUCACAAAAGGGAAGGACCUGUCAUCUCGGAGCAAAAUGGAUCUUGACUGCAUUUUUGGGAAAAGGCAGAGCAAGAAGACUUCUGAGGACCAAGAUGAGUGCAGCCCCGCCACUGAGGACAGGAGUGAGACCUCCACCACAACCACCAGUACCCUCACCAUCCAGGAAUACUUCGCCUACCGCAUGGCCCAGUUGAGGAGCAAGCCACAGGACCCCGUCCCUGAGCCUGACCUUCCAGAGACCCAUGUGGGGUGGAAAAGGGGAAAGAAAAAAGCCAGAGAGGCAGCGGAUCAAGAUGUGGAGAAUUAUCCCCAGACCAAGCCUAAGAAGAAAAAACGGGAAGGAGAGGAGAGCCAGGGACAUGUGACCAAGAAGGGAGACCGGGCCAUGUGGCAGCCCACAGACCCCUGCAGGGACGAGGCCACUGAAGACUGUGCACAGGCCCCUGGUGACCAGGAGUGUGCCCAGAAGCCCAGAAGGAAGAGAGCAAAGACCAAGCUACAGCAGCCAGUAGAGGUAGCUGCCAUUGCUGCCCCAGAUGAAGCUCCUGGGAAGAAGAAGAAGAAGAAGAAGAAAAAGAAAGCCUCCAAAUGAAUUUUCUCCAGCCAGGGCCUCCGACCAUUGUGCCGUCAGGUGCCGCCGGGCACUCUCUGGCCCGAAGUCAGAGCAGAGCCAACCCCACGCAGCUGGGGCGCAGCUCCCAACAUGCCAGGGGAUGCCGAGUCUCGCCCCAUCACCUCCAGGAGAACAGUCUCUGCUGUUCCAGACCAAGGCUCUCACACAAAUAAAUCUUUUAAACUCGGAGCCUCUCACAUGAAUGUCUGUCUGUACUCAUGUGAACACACACAUCUGUGUGCACACAUGCACUGCAUCUUGUCAGUGUGCUCUGGCUCGGACCUCCUUUGGGAACAGGGACUUGUGCUUCCUCCUGAAGAAGUUGAUCUAAUUAAGGGAUUAGGAGGCAAUAGUUUGAUUCAGAGAGUUCCUUCUGUUCUGUAGCCAACUGCACGUCUCUGCCAAGCCAGAACUAUGUGACUGCAUUCCACAGUGAGGGGCUUUGUGUGCUGUGCUCUAGUUUGGUGGGGCAGCUCUCCUUGCUGGGUGUCGCAGACUGGUACAGGUAGUCAGCAGCUGUCCUACAAUGUCUCUUCCUAACGACAAGUCACUCAUCACGGGCUCUGCCCCAGGUGUGACGUCAGGUCAGGAGGUCUGCGAGAGGGUCCAAGCACUGAGAUGCUUGGACUGUGGAACCAGUACACCUUGAAGUCACUCUCCUGGCCGGGACUGACUUCAGAGAGCUCUUAAAAGUGUAAAUCUAUAAAUAGACACCUUUUAGCCCUGCCCAAACCGGAUGGUGUGCCUUGUAGUGUCUGCGUCACCUUCACCACCUGCUGGCCGGCCUGCCUGCCUCCCGUGGGCUGCUGGCCUAGCCCUGUGUUGGUGUCGUGAAAGGAAUGCGGCCCUGACUCCUCUGCCUCCACCUCCCUUCUGCCUCCUUUCCUCCUCAUCCUGCACACUUGCAUCCCCUCUCACUUGCUCUUGAUUUCACUUCUGGUUCUGCUGACUCCUCCCCCUGCCUGCUUCCUGGUCCUGCUGGGGCAUCUUGUACAGCUGGCCCUGCUGCUGACCAGGUUGGGCUAGGAGGCCCUGGCUGACUGGCAUUGUUCUCCACUUGAUUUAUAGAUCACUUCUAGUAGCAGAAACUAAGACUCACACUCUCAUGACCUAUUGCCCUUGAUUUUAAUGCUGAAGGUCAACCAUGACAUAAGCCCAGCCCCAAGAGUCUUGAAGUUAAGAAAUACAUGAAACGUGCUUGGGUUUAGUCUAUAAGAACAGUGAAUGGUACUGUUUGAAAAGAGCCGCACCCAACAUCCACACACACACAGGAUUCCUGGUCUCCAAAUUUUAUCAUCUCUCCCAGGUUUAGAAUCCCAAGCUAAUAAAGCCCCAGGAUUUGUAAAGUCUCUUUCCUCACAGAGGCCACAUGCCUAAGCUACCUCUGCUUGUCCCAUCUUGUAGGUGAAACUGAAGGCCCAGGAGGGAGUGGGAAUGCGUGAAACCCAAAGGGUACGAUCUUUUACAAACAUUAAGCCAACUUCUUUUUGCCUUGUAUUGCAUUAACCUUUACUUCUUCAUCAGUAAGGAGAGUCAGGCAGACUGCGACGUGUGUGCUGGAGGGCCAGGAAGCAGGUGGGGCAUUUAGGAUAGCCGAACAGCUGCGUGGGAGGCUGAGGCAGGACAUGCUGCAGGAGGAGUGGCUGAAGUGUGACUUGUACAGAAGGGAGGUGGGUUGGAUUGUGACUGUCUUGUGGGUUGGAGAAAGGACUACCAGACAAUUUUAACAAUCCUGAGAAUAAGGCACAAGCUUAGACUGCACCAUGGUCAUCUGCUUUAAAGGAGGCAGAGCACUUCUUUGUAAGCCCUCAGCUUUGCUUUUUCCACCGUGUCUCUCAAGCCACUUUGUUGAGCAUGGAAGCGGAAGUUAAUAGCAAUGCAUUUCAUAGGCCUGAUAUUUUUGAAAUUGUUAGCACAUAUGUACCCUAGUUUUUGCUUGAAAUGAUCUGGCCAGGUAGAAGAUACAUUGAUUUUAUGUUCUGUGCUUUCUUGUCAUCCUUCAGCUUGAAGAGGAAAAGUAGGAUCCCAGGAAAAGAACUGUUCAAUGAGGAGGCUCUUCUAUGUUGUUUUGCAGCAACUUCCCUUUUCUAUUGCAUGUUAUUUUUAUAAGACGAAGUCUUAGCCAGACACUGUGGUGUGGUGGGUGUAAUCCCAGCACUUGAGGGGCUGAGGCAGGAGGAUUGCUGCAAGUUCAAGGCUAGCCUGGG